UUACCCUACACAUAGCUGCGGCUCAUCUUUCUCUUGUGACUAUUGCCACUUCUACUAAUCUUCCUCGCACAAUUUCUCAAGUGUCCAGACCCGGCCUCUGGCUGGCAGGAGGAGUGUCCUGUGUUAUUAAGAGUCUCCUCUCCGAGCAGGCAAAGCUGGAAGCCUUUCAUUCCGUCUGGCUGCUGCUGACAGACACACAAAUGCCUUCUCUGUACUGUGCGACCAUUGAAACUCUGCUGCUCCUCAGCUCUUUGUCUGGACUGGGGCUUUCGCUUACAAGAACCUAUUAUAUAGGCAUUGUGGAGGAACCCUGGGACUAUGCACCAAGUGGGCAAAAUCUGAUCACCGGAGUCAAUAUAUCUGAUGACGGACAUUCGUCAAUAUUUCUGGAAACCGGCAAAGACAGAAUCGGACGAGUUUAUAAGAAGGCUAUAUACAAACAGUUUACUGAUGACCGGUACAUAGAGGAGGUCACCAAACCUGCCUGGCUGGGAUUCCUUGGCCCUAUUAUCAAGGCAGAAGUUGAAGACACCAUCCUCGUACACCUGAAGAAUUUUGCUUCCCGACCAUAUACACUUCAUCCACAUGGGGUCUUCUAUGAAAAGGAUUCAGAAGGAGCUUUAUAUCCAGAUGGAACCAGCAAAUCUGACAAACGUGAUGAUGCCGUCCCUCCUGGCGGACGUCACACCUACACCUGGAUUGUAAAACAGGAAUAUGCACCGACCCCUGAAGACCCCAACUGUCUUACCUGGAUCUAUCACGCCCAUAUUGAUGCCCCUAGAGAUAUAGCUAGUGGAUUGAUAGGGGCCCUGCUGACUUGUAAGAAAGGCACGUUGGACAGUUCCUUGAACCGGGUAGACGUUGACAGAGACUUUGUACUGAUGUUCUACGUCAUUGAUGAAAAUAUCAGCUGGUACCUGGAGGAGAACAUUCAAACGUAUUGCUCUGAGCCUGACGCGGUAGAUGUGGAGGAUGAAGACUUUCAGGAAAGCAACAAGAUGCACGGUCUCAAUGGCUUCCUUUUCGGGAACCUUCCGGCUAUGGACAUGUGUCUCGGAGAGUCUGUGUCCUGGCAUUUAUUUGGAAUGGGUAAUGAAGUGGAUAUCCACUCUGCAUUCUUCUAUGGUCACACAGUCACCAACCAAGGACACAGAACAGACGUCGUCAACCUGUUCCCCGCGACAUUCGUCACAGUGGAAAUGACACCGUCAACGCCCGGAUCGUGGAUGUUGAGCUGUCAAGUCAAUGACCAUAUUCAAGCUGGAAUGAUGGGGCUGUACAAUGUUGGGACCUGUGGGCGCCAUCCUGCAGCUUUGACACCUGGUUAUGUGAGAAAAUAUUUUAUUGCUGCUGACAAAGUCCUAUGGAAUUACGCACCAAAUAAUUACAACCGAUUUACACAUAAGCCUCUAGAUGAUCCAGACAGCCCGUCUGCUCCUUAUUUUAUGAAGGGCAGUGACAGGAUCGGAGGUUCUUAUUGGAAGGUGCAUUACACAGAAUGUACAGAUGAAUCAUUUAGUAAUAAGAAGUCUCAAUCUAAAGCUGAAAAACAUCUUGGUAUACUAGGUCCAGUCAUCAAAGCUGAAGUGGGUGAUACCAUUGAGAUUGUGUUUUCCAAUAAAGCUGACAGGAACUACAGCAUGAUGCCUCAUGGACUGUCGUUUGGCAAAGACUCAGAGGGUGCACCCUAUGUAGAUGGAGGUGCCGUGAAGUCUGGAGCUCAUGUAGCGCCGGGAGACACGUUCACAUACACCUGGAACGUCCUAGAGAAGGAUGGACCUACAGACAGUGACCCCGAUUGUUUGACAUACCUGUACUACUCCGCAGCUGACCCAGUGAAGGACACAAAUUCUGGACUGGUGGGUCCCCUGCUGGUCUGCAAAAAAGGGUCACUAAGGUCCAACAACACACAGGUCCAGAUAGAAAAUGAGUUCUUCUUACUAUUUACCGUCUUUGAUGAAAAUUUAAGCUGGUAUCUGGAGGAAAAUAUUGAAGCAGCUUCUCUGGAUUUAUCUGUGGUCGAUGUAGAAGACGCCGAUUUUCAGGAAUCCAACAAAAUGUUUGCUAUCAAUGGCUAUGUAUUUGGGGACUUACCUGGUCUUGAAAUGUGUCGGGGAGACAACGUAUCGUGGCAUCUUCUAGGUCUGGGCACAGAGGUUGACAUACAUGGGAUUUACUUUCAAGGGAAUACUCUUAACCUUGGCGGAAUGACCAGGGACACUGUAAAUCUCUUCCCUCACACAACAGUCACUGCGUACAUGCAGCCAGAUCAGGCAGGAAUAUUUGAAGUUGGCUGUCACACAAUAAAUCACUAUAUGGGGGGAAUGAAACACACGUAUACAGUCCAGGCCUGUGACCAGUCGAUGGCUGAUGAUCACCAUUAUGGCGCUAUGAGGACUUACUUUAUUGCUGCGGAGGAAGUGGAGUGGGAUUACUCCCCUGAUAGAUCAUGGGAACUUGAAAAGCACAACAUCACAGAACAUGAACAUGAGAGCCCAGGCCACAUAUUUGUUAGUUCUGGUGAAGACCGCAUAGGAUCUACAUACAAGAAGGUGGUUUACAGGGAAUACACAGAUGGACACUUCACAGAACUGAAGAAAAGAUCUGCAGAGGAGGAACAUCUGGAAAUCCUGGGCCCAUUCAUAAGAGCAGAGGUUGGGGACAGCAUACUUAUCGUAUUUAAGAAUAAAGCCUCGCGGCCGUACUCCAUCUACGCGCAUGGUGUUCAGGUGGUUAAUCUUUAUGGUGGCAAUGAGAUCCAAGGUACACGACCAGGGGGAACAAGCACUUACCAAUGGAAUGUUCCGGAAAGAUCAGGACCAGGGAGUAAUGAUCCAGAUUGCUUAACCUGGGGCUACUAUUCUAAAGAAGACUUUGUAAAGGAUAUGUACAGUGGCCUUGUUGGACCACUACUGACUUGUCGGAAAGGUGUACUGGACAACAAAGGCGUGAGGAAGGAUGUGGCCCGGGAAUUUGCUUUGCUUUUCUUUGUAUUUGAUGAAAACCUCUCAUGGUAUUUGGAUGACAACAUUAGGAGUUAUGCUCACAAAGACCCUGCUGCUAUCAAUAUGACGGAGGAAUUUGAAGAAAGUAACAAAAUCCAUGCUAUAAAUGGAAAAAUCUAUGGAAACCUCCAUGGCCUGACCAUGACCGAAGGUGAAAAGACCAACUGGUAUCUUCUAGGAAUGGGGAAUGAAGUUGACAUGCAUACAGUCCACUUCCAUGCUCAGAGCUUCCUCUAUAAGAGGGAUAAGACCCACCGGGCCGAUGUGUUUGACCUUUUUCCUGGGACGUUUCAGACGAUAGAACUGGUUGCUGGUAACCCCGGGACCUGGUUGCUGCACUGUCAUGUCUCAGAUCACAUUCAUGCUGGGAUGGAAACAACCUUUACUGUUAAAAAGCAAUCAGAUCGAGGAGAAGACCCUGUUCUACUAGAUUCUGGAGGGCAAAAUGGAGUGACAUUUCUGGGAAGAGUCCUUACGGUCGGCCAGGCACAUGCUGCCCUGCUCUCUCUGUUGGGAAUUGGCGUGGUUCUGCUAGUAGUUCUGGUGGUGGUGCUGUCCAUUCUAAGCUCUCAAAAGAACAAAAUGCACUAUAGCACAAUAAACAAUGGUUCCAUCCCAAUGAACAUGAUAUGAGAAGGCCCCUUUGGGCAUGGCAACUCUGGUACCUCAAGCAGUGCCUUGGGAUAGUGUGUGCAUUUGCACUUUAUUGUUUUUUGUUUACAAGCACAAUAUCUUUUACACUGGAGAUGUUUGGAUCCAUUGGGCGUUGGCAAGGAUGAAAAGGAUGGAUUACCAAAGGAGAAGGCCAGAAGGUCUCCAUGAGAUGACACGAAGACAAGUAGAAGAGGAAACAUUUUUUUGCCUAUAUUAUCAUUAGUAUCUGAACUAUAUUGUUUUAAGAGAUUGCUUAUGGAGGAGUCAUUUUGACAUCCUGAUUUUAAAAGUGUCUGAAUAUAACUGCACUGUAUAAAAGGGACGUUAGAAAACAUGACAAA